AUGAGUAAUACUCUAUCUUUACAGACAACAUGUGAAGAUGCAAAAUAUUUUCGAAAUUUUACCGGAAUUCUUAUGGCACUUAGUCUUCAUCCUGAAUGGUUAGUUAAAAUUCCAGAAGGCCGAGCAUGGGCUAUUCUUCAUCAUGUUGUAUACUCUGGUGAUGUUAAUCAACUUGAACAAUUACUUGCAUUACAAAAAUCAAAUACAGCUUUUCGUUUAUUAGCACCAACAAGUAAAAAUGAAACAGUAUUAGAUAUCGCUAAAUUACGUCCUGAUCAAAAGGAAAUGUUACAACGUAUUGAACGAUUAGUUAAACUUGAUGAAAUGCUUGCUUACGCCAAAGAUUGUGAAUGGGAUAAAUGUUAUUCUAUUAUAGAAGAAAAUCCAAGUUACGGAAAUGAAAAACCACCUUAUCGUCGAUUCUAUUUAAUUCAUCAUAUAGCAGCUGAUAAUAAUAUUGAUCAAUUUCAAACAUUUAAAAAAAUUCAAAAUUUUAAAUUUGAUUUUACUUUACGAGCAGAUCGAAAGAAAAUUAAUGUUAUUGCUCGCGAAGAAGGUAGUAACGUGUUUGCUGAUUAUAUCGAACAAGAAUAUCCAUCAUAUUUUGAUGAUGAUGAAAUAGAUGAUAAAUUAUAUGAACCAUCAGACACAGCUCUACAACAAACAAAUAAAAUAAAUGUUCUUAUGGAACAACAUAAUAUAUUUCAAGACUCAAACUUCAUUUCAGGUAUAGCAGAAAAUAAGAAACCUCGAAAAGUAGUAGAUGCUGACGUAGAAAAAACGCAACCAAAACCAAAACAAGCAAGUAAUCAAAAUCAGUCGGGUGUAGGAUAUUCUGUUGGUUUUAUACAAAAUCUCCUUAAAUGCUCGCUUACGGGUUUUACAGUUACAGAUCCUGUUGUUGCAGCGGAUGGAUUUACAUAUGAACGUUCAGCGAUUGAAAAUUGGUUUAAAAAAAGUAACUGUUCACCUAUGACUAACGAAAAGCUUGCACACAAAAAUUUAAAUCCAAAUUUAAUAGUUCAACAAAUUUUAAAUAGUAUUGUUCGAGAAUGA